AUGACCUCGCAGGUGAUCCAAGGGCUCCAGGACAAUGGUGUCGCAGCUACCAUCAAACAUUUUGCUGCUAACGAGCAGGAAACUUCCCGUGCACGCGUCGAUGAAUCGAUUAGUGAGCGUGCGCUGCGGGGGAUUUAUCUCCGUCGCUUUGAAAUAGCGAGUAAGGAGGCAAAUCCGUGGGCGGUGAUGACAGCAUAUAAUCUUGUUAAUGAUACCCAUUGCGACGCACACCACUUCAUUUUCCAUGAUGUCUUCCAAGGUAGUUGGGGAUGGGAUGGCCUUGUCAUUGGCAAUGGGGGAGGUACUAACUCUGUUAUUGAUGCACUCAGAGCGGGGUCAGACCUGGAAAUGCCUGGUCUUGCAAAGGUUCGCAAGCUUUCGGUUAUCAAGGACUUCAUCCAAAGGGGAGAGUUGUCCGAAUAUACCAUCAACGACAGAGCUAGGGCAGUGCAUCUCCUUUUGAGGUAA